CCCCCCUUCACUUUCUCCUCCUCGUGAAGCGAGCUCUCCACGCCCCUGCGAUUCCAUUUCCAUCCUGCCCGCUCCCAACUUCAAAACGGCCGCGGCGCAGAUCCACACGCACGGGCAGGCAGGCAGGCAUACGGACAGGACCGCCGCCGCAGCUUUCAAAUCCCGGGGCGGAUUACCCUGCAGACGGAGCCCACAGCCCAGCACCGCAGCAGUCCACCGGGAUCUCGCCUUCGUCGCCCCGUGUCGCGUCGCGCCGGUGGCCGAGCCUGGGGACGCUAGCUAGAGCCUACUACUGUAGACCGUAGAGCCAUGGGGAACAGCAUCUACCGGUUCCUAUGCGGCCUGUGCGCGCCCUCGUCGUCGGAGCACGGGCUCCACGGCGCGCACCCCGCCGUCGCCGCGCUCGGCCGCGACGUCCUCAGCUUCCAGAGCACCUCGCAGGUUCCGGACGAGCUGAGCCGGCACGUCGUCUCCUCCAAGAAAGCGCAGGCGAAUUGGUACAAGAAGCUGCUGGUGGCAUGGAAGAAAGCCCGGCCGCCUCCGAAGACGCCCGAGGAAGCCGCGGCCUUCGUUGUGCAGACGCUCAAGAACCAUCAGAAAGCAGAUGUGGAGGGCCUGUUGUCUUUCUACGGCCUGCCGCAUCCGAACGCGGCGGCAGCAGCAGCAGGCGCGCCCGCCGCUCGCCCGCCGCCCAAGAAGGCCCAGCAGGGCGCCAAGUUCGAGCUGCACACGCUCCCCAUUGACCCCAAGUCUGUGGCCGACGGCGACACGGUGAACGUGUACGUCGACGCGGCGGACCCGCGGGAGGCCGGCAGCGUGCCCCGCGAGGUGCAGAAGGCUGCGGCGGAGCGGGCCAGGGCGCGGGCUGCCAAGGACUACCAGAAGGCCGACGCGCUGCAGAAGGUCAUAGUCGACGCAGGGUACAGGCCGGUUCCUAACGCGAGAGGCGAGGAGGUGCUGGCGAAGAAGUACAGGAUCAGGCUGAGGGGGAUCGAUGCGCCCGAGAGCGCGAUGCCGUAUGGCAAGGAAGCCAAGGAGGCGCUGCUCAAACUUGUCCAGGGGAAGAGCUUGAAGGUCUACGUGUACGACGAGGACCGGUACGGUAGAUGCGUCGGAGACAUCUACUGCGACGGGGUAUUUGUGCAGGAGCAAAUGCUGAAGAAGGGUUUCGCGUGGCACUACACCGCCUACGAUCAACGCCCGGAGCUGGCCAAGUGGGAGAAACAAGCGCAGACCGGCCGGAAGGGCCUGUGGGCGGCGUCGAAGCCACAGAAACCAUGGGAGUGGAGGAAGGACAAGCGCAACGGGACAGCAUGAACAAACCCCCCCGUGCAUGGUUCAGUGUGUGUGUGUCCAUGAACACCUGAUACAUUGAUGUACCUGCAGACUUUUAGGACGGUAUGUGUCGGGGAUUCAGUAGCGGUGCAGUAUGGUUGUGUGUACACUGUAAUAGACGAUUCCUUACAGUUACAGGGAUGUGAAGCAGGACAAGAGAGAUUGGCGUGAUCCCUAAUUUCGUAUGGGGAUUCGUCGUGCAACUGUAUCAAAUGCAUUGUACCAUCAUUUACACCCAUGUGACCUGUCAUCAUUUACACUCAUGUGACCUGUUGUGAAGGAGAGUAGCUGAGAUUGUGACC